GCGCAAGAGCCCCCACCCGAGAACUCUUCCCCCAGCGUCACGGAGCGGUGCAGCAACAGCCCGUCACGAAGAAACGGAGCGAGAAAGAGAGGCAGCAUUGCCGCCCAUUCCCUUCGAGCAUCUCCAUCCACCAGCACCAGAGUCAGGCGGGAACAAGAUCUCUGUCCUACCGUCCUCCGGUGUCCGUAGUCCCCCGCUCUUCCUCCACAACAUGUCCGUCGGUAGCGACUUCGGAAACCCCCUAAGAAAAUUCAAACUGGUCUUUCUCGGGGAGCAGAGUGUUUUCAGGUCUGGGUGUGGCUGGUGAGACUGAACUAAGCAUUCGCAAUAAUGUGGUUGGCUUGGUUUCCGGAACUGCGCUGCUCUGGGUGGCUGCAUGUUGGAGUAGAUCUGUUGACUAUAUUUGGAAAGACAUCUCUGAUCACACGGUUCAUGUAUGACAGCUUCGACAACACAUAUCAGGCAACAAUUGGAAUUGACUUUCUGUCGAAAACGAUGUACCUGGAGGACCGAACGCUCUCUCUCUCUGAACCCCAGGUGAGGUUGCAGCUCUGGGACACAGCGGGACAAGAGCGCUUUAGGAGCCUCAUCCCCAGUUAUAUACGUGACUCCACUGUGGCCGUGGUGGUCUACGACAUAACAAAUGUCAAUUCAUUCCAGCAGACGACAAAAUGGAUUGACGAUGUGAGGACGGAGAGAGGAAGUGAUGUCAUCAUUAUGCUCGUUGGCAAUAAAACAGACUUGGCAGACAAGAGGCAAAUCACAAUCGAGGAAGGAGAACAGAGAGCUAAAGAGAUGAAUGUCAUGUUCAUAGAGACCAGCGCUAAGACUGGUUACAACGUCAAACAGCUGUUUCGGCGUGUUGCAGCGGCUCUGCCAGGGAUGGAGCGUAUGCAAGAAACAAGCAAAGAAGGCAUGAUUGACAUCAAGCUGGACAAACCGCAGGAGCCCCAGACCACCGAGGGCGGCUGCUCCUGUUAAUGCCCACUGUCCGUCCUGGAAUACCAUCCACGUGUCACACGCUUAUUAUGUUGCUUGCCAUUGGUUAACCUGCUGUUGACUUUGCACGUUCAGAUCCUGGUUUCCUAUUCCAACCACAAAAACGAUUGGUUGGAAUCAGCAAUAUGUGAAAUUGGGUCUCCUUUGUCAACAAAACUGCCAAAAAAGUCUAAAAUAUAAAAACAUCUGCCCCAAGUCUCAUCUGAGUAUACAUUUAUAUGUAGAAAAGAAAAGUUUGUUUCUUUGUUUUGUAUUUUCAGGAAAAUCUUUGUUUUUUCCUCCUUUUUUUAAAGAAACAUGCAAGUUUGCUCUGGAAUUGAGAGCUAACAUGCAGACAGGACAAGAGCAGCAGCAGAAAUCGUGCUCCUGUCAUUUCUUCCGUCUCUAUCGGAUCUAUACUUCACUUUUCAACCUUUCCAAGCCAAUCGCAGCGUUCCUGCCUGUAGCUCCGCUGGUACUGUUUCUGUUUGAGACGUUGCGGAACAAAGUGAGCUGUAACAUCCAGAGUAUCUAAUGCAUGCUAGUUGUGAAGCACAGGUGCUGCCUACCUGUGUACAUGAGUAAAAAAACAAACACAAUUGUUAAUAUUCCACCAGUGAGUUGAUGCACUCUCUGCAGUUUCUGUUUACAUGACUUGAGAACAUUGUUUUGCUGUGUGUGUACUUUUGUGCUUUCUGUACAGACAGCGUUCGAAUGCCGUUCCACUGAGGGCCACUGCCACACCGCGUCAUCCUCGCAUCACAGCGCUUUGUAGGACACCUCCAGUCGGGAGGAUGUCAGGUUUUCUCCGGCUGCUGUGGUUAAUCUGGUAGUUUUUUGUGUCGGAGAAACGUGGACCCAAAGUUCUCUGUGUGGUGGUCAGACAGACCCUUAGUAUGGUAAACAUCUCGUUUCCUGACUAAAGACGAAUUUGCACAUGUAGACCUUUCAGGUUGUUCUGAAAUGGAGAGAAGCUUCGUUAGAAUUGUACAGUCGCUUCAUUCAAAGACACGUGUGAUUGUUAGAGAAACUCUUAGUCUGUUUUCAUUCUUUUCUUCUUUUUUUUACUGCUGCUUGUGUUUUUAAACGGACUACUGAAGUUGAUGUUUUUGGAAUUGUGCUUUCUGCUCUCCCUCUCCAACGUUCUGGUGGUGAAGUCAGCCAGAGUUAAGAACACUACUGAGAUUUAACUCGUCUUUGUUGUGAAAACUUUAUUGCACUUUUUAAGAACACGGUUUAGAUUCGGAGUGAAAGAAACUAAUAAAAUAAUUCUGCUCCAGAGAAUCAGGAAAUUCUUGAAGUAGAAGACGUGCUCAUGAAGGAAGCACGAUGGGGAAACGUGGUGAUAAAGAGACGGGUUUGGUUUAAUAAGUCAUCUUCAGCAUAAAACGGGAUGAAGUUCACUUCCCUCAGCUACCUACCUGUACAUCAUAAGACCUUUGGUUUCUCAGAAACCUUCAGCUCUCCUCACCACACAACCUCUUACGGAGUUAUUUUUGAAGGAGAUAUUUGUUUUGUUCUAUUAAAGCAUAAAAUGGUUCAUCUUUCUAUGGAAACUGCGUUGUACUUGAAGCUCCUAAAGCGGAAGAGUCCACCUGAUGGCCCAUUUUAACUUUCCAUGGAAACUGACCAAGUCAUCCUAGUCUGUGUGUAGGAGGAUACCACGCCUUGCAGGUGUGUGUGUGUGUGUGUACAGUCACAGUUUAGUGCAGCAGACCUGGGUCUUCAUCCACACUACAGAGAUCUAGCAUGUCUCUCCAAAUGAUUAAUAAACCUCUUAUUACCAAAGUUA